CAAAGCAGAAGCUUACUUCGGCCCGCACCAUCAUUAAUCGAUGUCUAUCGAUGCACUACGCCUCGUUUCGGAAUAUUUGACGCCAACCGCCAGAGUUAAUCUCGCUCGAGUGAACGCUUCCACAGGCAAGGCUCUAUCAAGAUGGGAGGAUGUGCACAGCGUCUUAUUCGAUGACACAAAAGUCAUUUUUGCGGGAGAAGUAUUUCGACAUCAAAUUGACACGGGAAUGGAUUUGGGUUUUCUACGCACGAUGAACGAUGUUUUUCGCUUAUGUCCACACUCACGUAGAAUUUGGAUUCACACACGAUUACGGUCCGAGCAAGUACAAGUUCUACAAGAACAUGCAGACGUUAUAGAAAUCCUUAACAUCUCUAGCGAGAAUUUUGAUACGCGUUAUCCUCUUACUUGGGAUAAAGUCAAAUUCAAGAGAUUGCGCAGUUUAAAUAUUUUGCAAAGAAUGGACCAGCCUCUAAAUCUCAGGCAACUUAUCGACAAAUCAGCAUGUCAAGCAUUGCUCCCUUUCACAUUACGCCAUGUAUGUCUCACCGGUAUCGUUCUUUCUGCUCCUGUGAUGGAUGCUCUCAUGACACUUACCAAUCUUCGUCACCUGGAACUGAUGGGCUGUGUCAUCGAUACACAGCUUGCAGCUAAAUACAUAGACAGACUUGCGGAAAUGUCAAAUCUGGACGAGCUUAGCGUGCCGCCAUCGAUGUUCUCCUUUUCAGUAAAAGAUGAAACUAAUCAACCACCAAAUAUGAGGAAGCUGCAUUUGUCGAAGAUUUCCAUCUAUAUGGAUUGCUUUGAAGAAAACACGUUCUUCGAUGCCCUAGAGACAAUCAUGCCAAAAAAGCUGGAAUCUCUUACUUUGUAUGGAAAUUUCUACCAGCUUAAAAGAUCGAAAAAGUACGCACAGUGGCGGAAGUUUGAUAUUUUAUUUGGCUCCAUGACUCCACAAGUACGCACUCCGUGGUGGUUGAAAGAUGAUAGUAUACUUAUGUCACAUCUAGUGCGCUGCCAGCCAUAUAAGAUUUCUGAUGAUUUCCGACCUGUGAGGACUACGGCUACGUCAUGGCGUUUCGACCAAAGUACUUUGGAGAAUGAGGAGACAAGAGUGGAAAGGCAACCAACUAUAAAUCGUUUUUUGCGCUUUGUAAGACCUGAAAAUGCUCCGCUUGCAAUUGCUCCAGCUCCAAGAGUCCUGCCCGAGCCACCUCCUCCUCCAGUUCGACGAGAAAGGAUACGUCGUCGGCCAAGCGUUCCCACGGUUGUCGAGGAACCAAACACUGCACUUCCGGUUUUGAUCUCACUUCCACCGCCUGGUGCUGUCGCAGCUCCGCUCACUGUCAUGGUGCCAGCUGGACCUGCUCCUGGCCAUGGUCCUUCAGCACCAGUUGCUCCUCAUCAUACAUCACCCGCAGCGGCUCCACCUCCACAUGGCGAGCUUCAUCCAGCUCAACGCACAGUGGUGCCUGGACGCUCAGGUGCUCACUCUACCCCUACCAGAGUACCUCUCGUACAGGCCAGCAACCUCCCAAGUCGAAAUGUCAGUUUAUCAACGGCUUCAUCGGCAUCGCCUGUAAUGAGAACUAGGGAGGAGCGUGCGGAAGAUAGGGGCAGAGAGACUUUGCAGAUGGCUCCAUCAGGUCCCGUUAUUGCACCAGCACAAGCCGUUCCUCGCCAUUCAGUCCAAUUCGAAGAAGUACCUGCGAGUACGCCAUCGGCACCCGUUCAACCCCAACCCAUUGUCGAGCACCCUGAUGAGGCGGCGGCGCUCCACACCCGACCACAACCACCUGAACCGGAGAUGAAUAGAGCUCAAGUGGGACAAGAACAAGAACAGCAUGCCCAACGUAUCGCAGCAGGAAAUGCAGCUGUUGAGCGUAGACAGCCCGAACAAGCACGAAAUGCGGGUGAAGAAGCUAGAGAGCGAGAAAGACAAGCUGAUGAUGAUAAUGUUAAUUUGAUGCUACAAGGAAUGCUGCAAGCUCUCGUCGAAGAGAUUGUAUUUGACGCGAUCAAUGAAGAAAGAAUGGACCACCCCACAGAUCCACCUCCUGUUGUUAGCUCCGAUGCUACAGCGCCAAAUAGAACUAAUGCCACUAAUACGUCCACAACAACAAGAACUCCAGCUACACCUCCGCCGACGGAAGCACAACCGCGUCAGAUGUUAAAUCAAGCGAAUAAUCAAGCUAACCAAGCACCUCCACGUCGCUGAAACUUUUUGAAAAUCUUUGUGGACAUGGCUCUCAUGUAUAUCGGAAACUAAUAAAGAAAUUU